GCUACUUUUGCGUUUGUGCGUCCAAGUAGGUUCUGUCGUUUCAAAAAAAAUGUUUCUGAAGCCGGAGUGUCGACUCCAUGUGCAGGACAAGGGGAAUUGCUCAUGAUUGUCACUCCGCCGACUCCGGAGGGGCUCAUUCCACGUGUUUUUCAACGUUUGGGGCGAAGUGGACUCCAACCGUCAUAGCUCGACUUUUGGAGUUAGAAAGGUGGAUCACGAUGCGUGUGAAAAUCUGGUCAUUGGACUCCACCAAUCACACUUCCAGAACAUCUCAGGCUCUUUUCAGACACAUCAUAGGGUGUGCUUGAACGAACGCCAUGGGCAAUUGUGGAGUUCGCUUGGGCGUGGACGAUGAGGAGGUGCAACUCCGUGGAUGUUGUAAAAAUGCUGACAACGAGCUUGACAGAUGGAAGACACGAGAUUUGGCUUUUGUACAAGCUUUCGCCGCCAAAGAGUUGGACGACUCAAACACAUUUGAUGAUGCAGGUACCAAGGAUACAAUGAAGGAGGCAGUAGCAAAUUUGGUGCAAUCGUUCCUGUGCGGCCGACAGCUUGAAGUAUCAUCCAUGAUUUAUGGUGCAGGGGAUUUUCAUGCCUCCUUCAACAAAGAACUCAGUGAAAUGAGACUCGAACCUUUGCAUGAGACUUCAGCGUCAGAACAUGCAUGGAGUAUUCCUUUCAUUUAUGUUCUGGAGGCCACCGUCGAUCCUGGAACUCCUGGCUUGGCGCGCUACUCUCUGAACUCCAUUUUGCGUGUAAGACUUGGACCGCACAGUGGACAUGGUCCUGACACCUUGAUACUGAAGUUGACGUCCAGCGAAUGCGAAGCAAUGGCACUUUUCCUGCGAGCGACCUCCCGAGACCUGCAAAGCUCGGCAGCCUGGGAUCGUCAACGAGUGAUGGAUGAUGAAAGUGUAGCCACUACGAUGGUUCGUUCUGUUCAAUUGCUCAAAGACCCAAGGGGCUUGGCAAGUUUGGUGUUGAGUAAAGAUAGGAGUGAAAAGAAUACUAAGCAAAUCAUUGAGGAGAAUCUUGCAUGAUACUGCAUUUGCUGGAUGACACUUGGGACCGAUCAAGAUUGUCAUCACCUACUAUUUUAAUCAUCACCUUGGCUCAGAAGUAUUCUCCCAUUGUAUGCUCAUUGAAUUGUAGUCAACGCGAGCCUUUGGUCCAAGCGUUCAUCAUUUUUCAGUACAGAGGAGUCCGCAUAGUUCCUCAGAGAGCUAACCAGAAAGCCGCACAUUGCAGUGGUUAGCGUCCAUGUUCUUGUUGUACAAACUGGGUACAACCCCUAGCUCUUGUCUAAAAUCCCUUUCCUCAAUGGAAAGGUUAUAUUUGCAGUUGGCAAAAGCGAAGAAGGGCAUUGGAUCAUUGUUGAAAUUGUAGAGAAUGAUGGAAUUUGCAUCUCUACUGCCUUGCUUGGCAUGUCUUUUGAUGUUGAGGGCAGACGGAUAGCUAGUUGUCGCUGUGGUUGCCUUUGUUGUUGAUGCAACCAAUGAUGGACUUGCCUCUUGGACUCAGAUGCCUUAGUAACCCUUAGUAACUAAAAACAUGCC